ACAUGAUGCAGUCCUGGUGAUCAGAUCUUCUUUUACCCCUAGUCCAAGGGUAGGUCUUCUGUAACAGCCCCUCCAACACCAAUCCAGCCAUGCUUGAUUAUGACCAGUCAAUCUCCUUCCUGGGAGAGUGGGGUCCCUACCAGCUUAUCAUCUUCUUCCUUCUUAGUGCCAGCACCAUUCCCAAUGGUUUCAAUGGCAUGUCUGUGAUGUUCCUGGCUGCCACCCCUGAACACCGGUGCAGUGUGCCGGACAGUGCCAACCUGAGCCUGGCUUGGAGGAAUGUCAGCAUCCCCUGGGAAGAGAAGGAUGGAGUUCUGGUACAGAGCAGGUGCUGGAGGUACAAGCUAGACACCCUGAGGAGCUUCUCUGAUCAGGGACUCCUUCCUGGGCUGCAUGUCAAUGUCAGUGACUUGGAGAAGGAGAAGUGCCUGGAUGGAUGGGACUAUGACAGGGACAUCUAUCACUCCACUGUUAUCACCGAGUGGGACAUAGUCUGUGACAAUGAUUGGAAAGGACCACUGACAACAUCUUUGUUUUUUGCUGGUGUUCUUACAGGCUCAUUUAUUUCUGGACAGCUCUCUGACAGCUUUGGAAGAAAGAAGAUCCUUUUUGCAACAAUGGCUGUCCAGACUGGUUUUAGCAUCAUACAAGUGUUUUCAAAUAGUUGGGAGAUGUUUGCGGUUCUCUUCUUGAUUGUCGGCAUGGGGCAGAUUUCCAACUAUGUGGCUGCUUUUAUUCUAGGUUCUGAAAUCCUUGGCAAAUCUGCCAGAAUUAUCUUCUCAACAUUAGGAAUUUGUAUCUUUUUUGCAAUUGGCUACAUGAUCCUGCCUCUAUUUGCAUAUUUCCUCCGAGACUGGAGGACACUACUGAUGGCUCUGACAGUGCCUGGGCUCCUAUGCAUUCCUCUAUGGUGGAUUAUUCCUGAAUCUCCACAAUGGUUGAUCUCUCAAGGAAGAAUAGAAGAAGCAGAGGCCAUAAUAAGGAAAGCAGCAAAGCGAAAUAAGAUUCCAGCACCAGCUGUAAUAUUUAAAGACACUGAGCUGGAUGAUAUUAAACAACGGCAAAACAAACGUCACACCAUUCUGGAUCUAAUUAAAACAUCCAACAUACGAAUAAUCACUAUCCUUACUAUCUUAUUUUGGUUGACUGUAUCCAUUGGGUAUUUUGGUAUUUCACUAAACACCCCAAAUUUAAAUGGGGAUCCAUAUCUUAACUGCUUCCUUCUGGCUGCCAUUGAAGUUCCAUCAUACAUAAUAGCAUGGCAGCUGCUUCGAGUUGUACCUAGACGAUAUUCCAUGUGUGGGACAAUGCUCCUUGGUGGAGUUGUGUUGCUUCUUAUUCAACUGGUACCUAUAGAUCUUCACAUCUUAUCCACUAUUAUGGUGAUGGUAGGAAAAUUUGGAGUUACGGCAGCUUUUUCCAUGGCUUAUGUCUACACAGCUGAACUUUACCCCACCGUAAUAAGGAAUAUGGGUGUGGGAAUUGGUUCUAUGUCUUCUAGAGUGGGAAGUGUCAUUUCUCCUUACUUUGUUUACCUUGGUGCUUAUAACAGGCUGCUGCCUUACAUUCUGAUGGGGACGUUGACUGUAAUCAUGGGACUGAUAGUAUUGCUCUUCCCAGAAACUUUUGGUAAACCUCUACCGGAAACUAUGGAUCAGGCACAGGACAUAAACGGGUUAUGUUGCAAAAGAAAAUUCCAUAUAGAUUCAGAUGAAAAAUCAGACGAAAUAAAAAAUGGCAUGAUUUUAAUGAGUUCAAAAUUAUAAUAUCUUUGCCUUUCUCUACGUAAGCAAGAUACUUCUAUGGUUAUUAUGGACAACUGGAAAUAUUUGCUUAUAAGGCUAGACUCCCACAUAGACCUUGCUCAGUCCAUCUAUUCUACAAUCAGUUCAAGCUGCUAUAACUGGGUCAGUCCUUACAUCUCUUGACCAUUAAGAUGACCUUCCUAGUAUAUCAGUAUAUCUGUUCUGUCGA